CCUAAACUCACUGAUUGGAGGAUCUGGUUUGCAAGACAUGCAUUUAUCACUGCAACACUUGGAGUAGUCACUUUGGCAUGACCAGACUCCUAUGGAAACUACUGGAUUUUAAACAGGCAGUAAACUGAACAGCUAUGGUAAAGAGUGUGAGGACACGCAGGGAGCAGAAGAGUUGCUAGUUGAAAGGGAUAACGGUUGACAAAGUGUUGGUUAUGUCUGGGUUAAUGUUUACCUUGAGGACGAGCAGCUCAUGGCCCCGCAACAGUCUGUUCAGGGUGAGCAGUCUGCUGCUGCCUCCGCUCUCAAACAACCACUUGUCUAAAAUGUCGUCAGACUCCCACUGGCUCUCUCCUGCAGACCGGGAUCAGCAGGUGAUGGACCUCAGGACCAAAGGAUGGGUGGAUGUGGAGGGCCGCGAUGCCAUCUUCAAAGAGCUUCACUUUAAAACCUUUAAUCAGGCAUUUGGCUUCAUGUCACGAGUGGCUCUGCAGGCAGAGAAGAUGAACCAUCACCCAGAAUGGUUCAACGUUUAUAAUAAGGUCCAGAUUACAUUGACUACACAUGACUGUGGAGGACUGUCAAAGCGGGACAUCAAAAUGGCAAAGUUUAUCGACAAAAUUGCACUUUCAAUGUAAUGUCUUUGUCUUUAAUCAGAGCCCACCUUGUUUCUAUGCUUUCAGUCACAACUCUGCUCAGUCAAAAAAUGAUUCCUCAUGUAAAUGAUAAAAUACUAUUCAUUCAUAGACCUCUGGGUUCUAAAUAAAACCUGUGAAAGAUAUUCUAUUUUAAUAUUUGUAUUUUGUUUGCAGCAUAUCUUGUACAAGCUUUCUCUCAGAAUAAAACUUGUAAAACAG